AGUAGUUUAAAGAAAGAUUGUGGGUACUAAAAGAAGUAUUUUGUAGUAUGUAUCGCAGUAGAACGUUGUUAAACUAUCUACAUGUGGGUGUGUAGAACAAGUUCUGCGUGAUUUACAGGCUUUAGAGGGCGACUGGCUGUAUACCUUUAGAUGCAGGGAGAAUGUUAAGUUAAUUUAUUUUACUUGAUUGUGAAUGUGACUUUAUUGAAGGCAGAUUUUUGUGGGUCUUAUUAGUUCUUAGCAGCUCUGUUCUCUUCUACGUUUACAAGUGGAACCCCAGUUAGUGAAUCUCCUCAGCAGCACCAUGCUAUGGCUGGACCGGGACCAAGGCCUGUGGUGUUUAGCGGCCCGUCCGGGGCAGGGAAGAGCACUCUGUUGAAGAAGCUCAUGAAAGAAUAUGAAAGCGUCUUUGGCUUCAGCGUCUCCCACACAACAAGAAAUCCUCGACCUGGAGAAGAGAAUGGCAAAGAUUACCAUUUUGUCACAAAGGAGUCGAUGCAGGCGGGCAUCGACCGGGGGGACUUCAUCGAGAGCGCGGUGUUUUCGGGGAACAUGUACGGGACGAGUAAAGCUGCGGUGCAAGCUGUGCAGGCCGCGAACCUCAUCUGCAUACUUGACAUUGACAUGCAGGGUGUGAGGAACAUCAAAAAGACAGACCUGAACCCCCUCUACAUCUCCAUCCAGCCACCCUCCAUGGCCGUCCUGGAAAAGCGCUUAAGAGACAGAAAAACUGAGUCUGAAGAGAGCCUCCAGAAGCGUUUACAUGCAGCUAAAGUGGACAUGGAGUACAGUAAAGAACCUGGCGUAUUUGAUGUUCUAAUUAUCAACGAUAAUUUGGACGACGCAUACGAGCAUUUAAAACAGACUCUUCUUGAGGAAAUUAAUAAUGUCAAGAAAAUCAACACGUCUUCUUAGGAGACCGCAGCAUCUUGACUUUGUCCCGUCCCGUGCAGCCACUCCUCUUAAAACCACAGACCUCCAUUUCAGUCUUGUGCAUUCCCUCCGAUGGUGGUCUCUAGACCUGGUGGAUAUAUAUGUAUAUUCUAAAUAGGGUUUACAGUGUUUAGAAGUAGUUCUUACUAUAAGUUAACAUACUGUAACGUGGAAGUUUUUAUUUUUUUACUAACUGUUCUUUCCGUGUUUUUAUUUUUCUGAACUCCAAUUAUGCUUGAUUGAUUGAUGCGUGACAGAAUGCAGGUUGUUCACUCUUGGAUUUUAACAAAGGUUUGCUGCUUGCAUCCUGGCCCUCUGGUCUCCUGGUUUAACGUAAAUUAUAAUAACACAACUAAUUCCCUCGAGUAUAAUUAGCAUUAGAAUAGGAGACCCCUGAGGGACCACUAAGAGGGACUUUACCUACGUUCAUUUAAUCUGACCCGACCAGUGACUUGUUUUACUCCUGGGCUUCGUGUGUAUCAGCCCUUCUCUAGAAAUCAUGGUGGCUGUGUAUUUAUAUGGGGAAAACAUGUAAGUUAAAACAUACUUGAUAACUACUUGAUUCAGUUAGGAUUAAAGCAGAGCCAGAAAACAUGUAGAACUUUUGUUUGGUGGAAAGAACCAUUUUACAGUUGUAUUUUUUUACUUUUAUAUUGUGUGUAGUGUAUUGCAGUUUCAGGAUUUUUGAUUGAUUUGAAUUGGAGCUUUUUUACUUUAAAGAAAUGUCUCUUUUACUUAGACACAAGCACACUAUACACCAACCUCAAAGUUGCAAAACACGCACGUUUUGUAAGUAGACAGUUGUAACAUCUAUUCUAUUGUGCAGAUAAUUGUGUUGCUGCUGUUUUGUUGCUUAAAGUUUCACUUUAAAUUUAUUCUGCAAAUGUUCUAUCAUGCUAAAUGAGAUGCAUACACUUGGUUUGCCAUUUAAUCUUAACCAGCUGUUGUAACACUGUGACGUAAACUUAUUUCUUACAUUCAUUGACAUCCAGCAGUUAAACAAUGUUAUCUGUUGAGACAAUAAAUGUUACAGUACAAAAGUUA